AUGGCCGAUAAGCCCGUCAGCUGCGGCAUCGAUGGAGGCCUCUCCCAGAGCCUGCCCGACGACAAAGAAAUCCUCCUGGGCCACAAGAAAAGGCUACAGAAUGGCAUCUUGGACAGCGCCGAUGUCCACCAUUUUCAUCUGUUCGACGACUCAAUCCCGCCUAAUUGUCCGCCUACCCACGUCAAACACCCAAUAGUGGCCACGAAGCUUGCGGCCAAUACCCUUUCGCCGGACGCCAUUGACAUUGAUCUCUCCGAGAACGGUGUGACAGAAGAUUGCCGCUAUUGGAACCCACCUCUGCAAGCGGUGCCGCUCGCCUCUUAUUACAAGCUACAUCGCGUGCCUUCUCUAGACGGCAUGGCAGAAAAACCAGCGGCGGAUCUUGGGAAUGGCGUCAAUUUACCGGUGAGACCAUCGGUCACAGAAUCACUGGCCCGAACGUCGCCCAACGGUGUUCAGAAUAAAAUACUAGAACAGGUUGUGAGAACGCCUGGGAGGGAGCCAUCACCGCAGCCGACGCACUUGAGCGUUCCUGGGCCAGGACAGCCCAGGGUCCUCCACGAGCAAGGAUCAGGAUAUGUCGCUCCCAAAUUUGAGGGCAAAGAAUUGCAGAUGGAACAAGUUAUGGAUCAGAUCGAAGAGAAAGGCUUCAUUCCGCCGGAAUUCGUAGAAACGGAAACACAUUGGUUCUACAACGAGCUAGGGAUCGACGACAUGUACUUCCAGACCGAGUCAGUGCCUGCUAUCGUUAAUCACAUCCUUUCGCUCUACGCUGGUAAAGUUGCUGCCUAUGCAAGAGAUGAUGGUCGUUUGGAGAUUCGUUUAGAUAAAGAGGCCGUGGACCACGCUGUCUAUAUCGAUACAAGCAGACCCGGUAUCAGCGUAGUUGAUGGGCCACGCUAUGAGCAAAGGAUUGACGAAAAAUAUAUCAAUGGUUCCCUAGGAGAGAACAGCUACAGGGUGGAGACAUUUCGCUCUGGCAGCCAUCUUCCCGGCGAAAAGGGCCAGCAGCUGCGAUGUUACUUCGUAUAUAAAUGCAACUUCGUAGAGGCAAACCCUGGCCCUCAAGAGACUCGGCUGGACGUGAUCGGUGAAAAGAGAUUUCUCCAAAAGGCGACUCAGAACACCAAGGAUGUAUAUCAAGAGAUCAUGAACCAGGCUGUCACUCGGACUGGUCCAGUAAUAGAAAUGUUCGAAAUUCAGGGCACGAGGGAGAGGCGCCUGGUCAUUGCCUAUCGACAAGGUUCAGCUAUGGGCAUGUUUAGCGCCCUUUCUGACCUUUACCACUAUUAUGGAUGUACGAGCUCACGAAAAUACGUCGAACAAUUCUCAAAUGGGAUGACUAUCAUGUCAAGCUAUCUUCGUCCGCUGCCACAGACGGCCUCAAAUGCACGUUUCCCUCCAAUUGAGGCCUCGAUUCAUCAGAUCAUGAAAGAGGCUUCACUGCUCUAUUGCAUCCCACACAACAAGUUCCAAGGCCACUUUGCAACAGGUCGUCUGAGUCUUCAGGAAACUAUCUAUGCGCACUGUGUAUGGGUAUUUGUCGGACACUUCAUGAACCGACUUGGAUCUGAAUACACCUCGCUUUUGUCGCUCCUUGAUCCUGCCAACAGUGCCCAUGCCGAGAUGCUUUCGAAGAUUAAGAAACGUCUACGUGCUGAAACAUUCACGUCCGACUAUAUUCUGGAGAUCAUAAACAGAUACCCAGAUCUUGUGCGGUCGCUGUAUCUUUCUUUCGCCAACACUCAUUACGUACAGACAAGAGGAGAGCAUGACGAUUUUCUACCUACACUUAGCUAUCUCCGUCUCCAAGUGGAUCGAGUUCUCAGCGACACUGAGCUGAAGGAGGCAAUCGCGAAGACUGCCAGCAACGAGCAUGACCAAAUGGUGAUGACCGCUUUUAGAGUUUUCAAUGCCAGUGUCCUCAAGACGAAUUUCUACACCCCAACAAAAGUAGCUCUGAGCUUCCGAUUAAAUCCGAGUUUCUUACCCGAGAUCGAAUACCCCCAGCCACUAUACGGGAUGUUCCUCAUCAUCAGCUCAGAGUUUCGUGGAUUUCAUCUCAGAUUUAGAGACAUUGCCCGUGGAGGGAUCCGUAUCGUAAGGUCAAGAAAUCGAGAAAUGUAUUCAAUCAACGCACGAUCUUUGUUCGACGAAAAUUACAACCUCGCCAACACUCAGCAACGCAAGAACAAGGAUAUCCCAGAAGGAGGCUCGAAAGGCGUCAUUCUUCUCGAUGUCAAUCAUCAGGACAAGGUGAAAGUGGCAUUCGAGAAAUACAUAGACAGUAUUUUGGAUCUGUUACUCCCGCCCACGAGCCCGGGUAUCAAAGAUCCAAUUGUUGACCUGCAUGGUCAGCAAGAGAUCUUAUUCAUGGGUCCUGAUGAGAACACUGCCGACCUCGUUGACUGGGCUACGGAGCACGCCAGAACUCGGGGCGCUCCCUGGUGGAAGUCAUUCUUCACAGGCAAAAGCCCAAAACUGGGUGGUAUUCCUCAUGACGCCUAUGGUAUGACAACUCUAUCCGUACGCGAGUACGUUAAAGGGAUAUAUCGAAAACUUAACCUUCAACCUGAUGCUGUACGGAAAUUGCAGACCGGAGGGCCUGAUGGAGAUCUGGGUUCAAAUGAGAUACUCCUUGGCAACGAGAAAUAUACCUCGAUUGUUGACGGAUCAGGGGUCCUCGUCGAUCCGCAAGGUUUGGAUCACCUGGAGCUCAUGCGAUUGGCAAAGAAGCGGGCCAUGAUAUCGAAUUUCGACCUCGAUAAAUUAUCGCCUGAAGGUUAUCGUGUGCUUGUCGAAGAAAACAGCACCACACUUCCGUCAGGAGAGGUCGUGCAUAAUGGUAUGGUUUUCCGGAACACCUUCCAUCUACGCGGCGGCAAACAAUAUGAUAUGUUCGUGCCUUGUGGAGGCCGACCGGAAUCUAUCGAUCUGGCGACGGUUAAUCAACUUAUUGUCGAUGGCAAAAGCGUCAUACCUUACAUUGUCGAAGGUGCUAAUCUUUUCAUUACUCAAGAUGCAAAGCUUCGUCUCGAAGCAGCCGGCUGUAUACUUUACAAAGAUGCUUCGGCGAACAAGGGUGGCGUUACUUCAUCCUCACUCGAGGUACUUGCGUCACUCUCUUUCGACGAAGAUGGAUUUGUGGAGAAUAUGUGUGUUAAGGAGGACGGUAAUGCUCCUCCAUUCUACACAGAAUACGUGAAAGAAGUCCAAGAAGUUAUCAAGCGGAACGCGGCGUUGGAGUUCGAGGCAAUAUGGCGCGAGCAUCAGCAGACUGGUGUACCCCGAAGUACGCUUAGCGACACUCUUAGCAUAGCAAUCACGCAACUCGAUGAAGAAUUGCAGAAGCAAGAUCUAUGGACGAAUAUACCAUUGAGGGACUCGGUACUUGAAGAUGCCCUGCCGAAUUUACUGCUCCAGAAAGUGGGACUUUCGACAAUAAUUGAACGAGUACCCGAUAACUACUUACGGGCAAUAUUUGGCAGUUACUUGGCGAGUCGCUUCGUGUACAAAUUCGGCAGCACUCCAAGUCAAUUUGCUUUCUUCAAUUUCAUGUCGAAAAGAAUGGGGAGGCUUAGUCAAGCGCACGACGAUUCCUCAAAAGCUGUCACGAAUGGGAUUUGA